AUAUAUAUAUACACAUAUACAUAUGUGAAAAAAAGAAAAUGAAGAAGAGACAAAUAAAUUCGAUUUUUCUAUCGUGCGAUGAUGAAACUGAAGACAUGGAACCUAUUCAAUUUAAUAUACCUGCAUCAUAUAGUGAAAAAGUCAAAAUUCAUAAUUGGCAAAUGAAUACACUAGCAGAACCAAAAGAUAAUAAAGAUAUUUUUCCACCAAAAGGAAAUCUUCAGAAAUCAAGUUAUAGACGAUUAGGUUCAUUCGAUGAACCUAUGGGUAUAUCUGAAACUCAUGCUAUGCUAUCUCAAAUAGAUUUCAAGGAUUUGUACAAAUCGAUUCAACCACAUAGAGGUUUUCUUAAAAUGCUAUCUUUUGCAAGGACCGAAAGGGAAGAGCAAGAGAAAGAACCAAAGUUAGAAGAUAUAAUCUAUAGUUCUGAAGAAAUGCGUUGCAUGGAUUAUCGAACCACGACAGAAAUUGAAUAUCGAGCACCUUAUCCAAUGAAAUCUGGACCACCGCCUCAAGCACCUCCUCCAGUACCAUGGUUACUUAACCGUCGAACUAUUGGUUAUACUCUUGAAGAUCUACAGAAAUAUGAUGGUGUCGUUACGUUUUUGGAUGAAAAUAUGAAGCUCCAAUAUUGCAUAGCUGAUCUAAAAAAGGAACGAAAUAAAAUAAGAGAUAUUAUAUCAGUCAACUCUUCAAAUGAUUGCAGUUCACGUCAAAUUGUAAAAAAAAAUGAAAACGAAUAUCAAUGUCAUGAAUAAAUAAAAAUACAAAUU